UUCAGUUACAUAUUUGAAUCCAUAAACGAUAGUGUGCAGUGGUAUGUAGACAAGAGGUACUUCAGGUAGGUAAUAAACUUCAAGCUAGACGUUUUCGCCAUAAAAUAACUAAUUGAGUACCUAUCGAGUGAUUAAAAACUUUAAGGUUUUGUGAGUCUUUCCGCGUAAUUAUAGCAUUCACGGACCUACAAAUCAAAAGUUUUUCCUAACUACGAAGAAGGAAGUUCCGAGGUUAGACCGGCGACGAUUCUUACUCUCUGACUAAGAAGCUGUAAAAAUUUCGUGAUUUUCGCAUCGUGUUUGCAAAUACUUCGACCCUAUGCGUCCAUUAUUCAAUUACAUGUUGCUAAAAAAUUCGAGCUUUGGAUUACCGAUCUGUUCCAAUUUAUUGAUGAAUUACAAACGGACAGCAUCUUUUGCUAUUUUACCAUUUCAAUCUAAAACGAAGCUUUCAUCAAAUUCAAUCGACACAUUGAAAUGGAAUUCUGCUAAUAUUUAUACUCGUACUGCACCUAUUGCACCAGUUGCUUCAACUGGCACAGAAGUUGCGAAGGAUGAAAGCAAAGAGUUUAUGGAUGUAUUUCCGGACAUCGUACGUGAUUUAACUAGUGCUGGAAGACAUCCAGAUAUUCCUGAUGCCAACAACUGGUAUGCUAAGGUAUUGGAGUACACCGUUCCCGGAGGAAAGAAAAAUCGUGGAUUAACUGUAGUCACCGCCUACCGUGUCUUCUGUCCUCCAGCUGAAUUGACACCUGCCAAUAUACGACUGGCUCAUGUACUCGGAUGGUGUGUUGAGAUGCUUCAAGCAUUUCUUUUAAUAUUGGACGAUAUUAUUGAUGGAGCUGAAAUGAGAAGAGGUUACCCCUGCUGGUAUCAGCUCCAUGAAAACAAAAAUAUCGCCAUCAACGAUGGUGUUCUAGUAGAAAACGGCAUUUAUGUGAUUUUAAAAAAGUAUUUCAGAGAUAAACCGUACUAUUUGGACAUUUUGGAGGCUUGUCAAGACGCGAUUUUUAAAACUUCAAUGGGACAAUUGUCGGAAAUACUGAUGUGUCGUACUUUCCAGGAAACUAGAAAAUUUGAUACAUUCACAAUAGAUCGUUAUAAUACCAUCACAAAAUAUAAGACGUCCUAUUACUCCUUUCAUCUGCCAGUAGCAUUGUCUAUGUAUAUGGCCGGUAUAAACGACCCGGAGGUACACAGACAAGUGAAGUAUAUACUUCUCGAAAUGGGACAUUAUUAUCAAAUUCAGGACGAUUAUUUGGACUGUUUUGGAGAUGCGGAUGAAAUCGGUAAACUUGGUUUUAAUGAUAUCAAAGAAGGUAAAUGCUCUUGGCCAAUAGUAGUAGCUUUACAAAGAGCAACUGCUCAACAAAAGCAAACGUUGGAGAAAUGUUACCAAAGCGCAGAUCCAGAAAACAUGCAAACUGUGAAAAAAAUCCAUCAAGAAAUCGGUCUUCCAUCUAUUUUUGCUACCUAUGAAGAACAAGUUCAUAAAUCGAUUGUGGAUCACAUUCAGCAAUUACCUAGAGGCAUUCCUGAAGAAAUAUUUUUCAAAAUGCUCGACAAAAUUCAUGCACGGAGUAUUUAAUUACAACAUCUAUAUGCAUUUUUGUGGAACAUUUACCACUCGUAUGUACAUCUUAUUACAAUAAAAUCCACUUCCGAUCUC